GAGGUCGUACCCUUAUCCGCGAUAUUUCGCAGUCGGUUUCGUCUCAGAAAAGCAAGAAGUAGCGGCGGUGGGUCGGUCGAGCGGCCAUGGAUGGGAAACAGAGCGCGGCGACGAUGGCUCCGCUGUCUACUCCAACGAACCCUGUCGCCCAGCUGCAGGUGCAAUUCAAGGAACUAGAGACUGGAUUCCGCGCCUGGCUAGCGAAGCAGCCGACGGCCGUAGAGGCUGCCGUCGUCACCGCCACCAGCGCCGCCCAGGGCGCCUUCAUCGGCGCCCUCAUGGGAUCUCUCACCUCAGACGCCGCCAUCCCCACCCCUCCUCCUAAUGCCCCUGGCUUCAACCCCCAAGCCAUGGCCUCCCUCAAGCAAGCGCAGGCUUUUACAGGUGGUCCCUUGGUUCAAGCUCGCAAUUUUGCUGUUAUGACAGGUACUAAUGCAGGCAUAUCAUGCGUGAUGAGAAGAAUAAGAGGAGUUGAGGACAUGCAAAGUAGUAUGGUUGCGGCAUUUGGUUCUGGUGCAAUGUUUUCGUUGGUCAGUGGCAUGGGAGGUCCAAACCAGGCUCUUAAUGCAGUUACCUCAGGACUGUUUUUUUCACUAGUUCAAGGUGGUAUUUUCAAGGUAAGUGAGAAAUUCUCACAGCCACCAGCUGAGGACAUGUUCUACUCCCGCACAAAAGGAAUGUUAACAAGUCUUGGCCUUCAGAACUAUGAGAAGAACUUCAAGAAAGGCCUACUCAAUGAUGCUACUCUUCCCCUUCUCACUGAUAGUGCUCUUCGAGACGUCAAAAUUCCUCCUGGGCCUAGACUUCUUAUUCUUGAUCACAUUCAAAGGAACCCUGAUUUGGUAAAACGAUGAAGACGACUGUGAACAAUGUUAUAUUCCAAGCAAUGAGAGCAAAUUUGGUUGACGGUGCCAGUUUAGAUGAACUUUGUGCUUUUGUGAUACUUGCUGCGUUUUCAUCUUAGAGACAAUUAUAAUAGGGAUGAUCUGAGUAUCCAAAUUUUGCUCCAAAAUACUGCUCAUUGCGAUGACUGCAAAAUUUCUUUUGUUUGUCACCAGUUACAUUGGAUAGUUCUAAUGUUUGCAUCCUGCAA